AUGUCAACUACAAGAAUCCAGGCUGGACGUCUGGAGCGCGACCCUAGGCAGCGGUCUCCAUCGAGGACUGCCACCCCAGCAGCGCCUGCCCCUAGGUCCAGACGGAGUGAGGUCGAGGGAAACUCAGGAAGCUACACCCACUUGUCGUGGUCCUACCCCACCCGCUGCCGCCGCGUGCGCCUGGUGGUAGCCAUCGACAGCCAACCCGGCCGCGAGGGGGCGCCGCAGGGCUCGCGCACCAUGGCGUCCCGGGGCGCCUGCCUGGGCCUGCUGGCCUGGCUCCUGCUCCUGCAGCUGCAGCUCGGCGAGGCCUACGCAUCCGCCGCGCCCCUCACGUCCUCUGGGCCCACGGGCGGCGAGGUUUCGGGAGCGAGCGGUCAGGAGGGGCCUACAGGGGAGUCGGUGGCGCACACAGACGCCGCGUCCAUGCAGACACGCACCCAGGUGGCUCCCACGCACGGCCCGAUCGGGGUGCUGCCGCACCUGCUGGCCUUCUCCUCGGGUGAGCACGCCCCAGUGUGUGGCCGGCCCUUCCUGAAGAUUAUUGGAGGUUUUAACGCCGAGGAGGGGAAGUGGCCCUGGCAGGUGAGCGUGCGCAUCAGGGAGGAGCACGUGUGCGGAGGCUCUCUCAUCACCGCGCAGUGGGUGCUGACCGCCGCGCACUGCAUCAUAAGUCAUUUGCAGUACAGCGUGAAGAUGGGAGAUCGGCAUCUCAGUACACAAAAGACAAGUCUGGUGAUCCCCAUCCGGAACAUCAUUGUCCAUCCUAAGUUCAGAACAGCUGCAACGGUUAUAAAUGACAUUGCCCUUCUUCGCCUCCUCUACCCUGUGAAUUUUACCUCUACUAUCCACCCUAUCUGCGUCCCUUCUGAGCUUUUCCAUGUGCAAACUGGGACCAAGUGCUGGGUGACUGGGUGGGGCAAAACAAAACAAGAAGCGGACAUGAAUUCAACAGAGAUUCUACAGGAAGUGGACCAACAAAUCAUCCUUUACCAAGAAUGUAAUGAGAAGAUACAGACAGCCUUGUCAUCUAAAAGGGAUCUGGUCUUGAAAGGGAUGAUAUGUGGUGAUACCAAAAAAGGAAAGGAUUCUUGUCAGGGAGAUUCUGGGGGCCCUCUUGCCUGUGAAGUUAACAACACAUGGAUCCAGAUAGGUGUCGUGAGCUGGGGCUACAUGUGCGGUUGUGAUCUCCUACCUGCUAUUUACACAGAGGUUAUCUAUUUUAAGAAGUGGUUGAACCUCACUGUAAAUCAGGCUUCUCAUAUAUAUCACAUGGGAGUCUAUAUGCUACUCAUAUGUCUUCUGCUACCUGAGGCCAUCCUGGUGACCAUGUGA